AUGGUAGCCUACCACGAAAAUAACCCACAGUUAUACCUGGCCCCAAACCUGCGUAUGUGUACCCUGACCAAAGACAUUCAUUAUCUCUGCCCCAACAAGCCCUUCCUUCGAGACAACACUGAAGGAAUCUGCGGGUUACAACCCAUGCAAAGAGAGACACUCUGCCCUGCUGAGGCCAAGCCUCGCACACAAUUGUUCCAGAGAUCCAGUCAUCUUACAGUUCAGCAGUUGACCGCAGCACAGCAGCAACAGUACGCCCUUGCUGCAGCCCAACAGCAACACCUUGGCCUUGCACCUGCGUUUGUGCCAAAUCCUUACAUCAUCAAUGCUGCCCCUCCUGGAGCAGACCCUUACACCGCUGCAGGAUUGGCAGCAGCUGCCACACUUGCAGGUCCAGCUGUAGUCCCUCCUCAGUACUAUGGAGUGCCGUGGGGUGUGUAUCCAGCCAACCUCUUCCAACAACCGGCUGCAGCUGCUGCCAGUCAUUCCGCCAACCAGCAGGCGUCCAGUCAGGGUCCAGGACAACAGGUGAUUCGUGCAGGGACCAAUCAGCGACCUUUGACCCCUGGCCAGAGCCAACAGAGUCAGCAGGAAUCCCUUGCUGCAGCUGCUGCAAACCCAGCGCUGGCCUUCACAGGCAUGCCAGGUUACCAAGUUCUAGCACCGGCUGCUUACUAUGAUCAGACUGGAGCACUGGUUAUGGGUCCUGGAGCUCGCACUGGCCUGGGUGGACCUGUCCGACUGGUCCAAACCCCUCUCCUCAUCAACCCAGCAGCUGCACAAGCUGCUGCAGCUGCAUCUGCAUCAGGUUCUGGUAACAGCAUGUCUGGUCCUGCUAAUGGUCUGUACCGAUCCAUGGGUUGCCAACAGCCCCAGCAGCCUCAACCUCAGCAACAGCCACCUCCACACUCUAGUGGCCUGCCCUCCAACUCCUUCUAUGGCUCUGGCUCAGUGGUGCCCAGCUCCCAGAGCAGCUCACUAUUCUCUCAUACAAGCACAGCACCUCCUAGCACCUCUCUGGGUUUCAGCAGCACUGGUGGAUCUCUAGGUGUUGGGCUAGGCUCUGCACUUGGUGCCUUUGGCUCCUCAGUAUCAAGUGCCACUAGCAGCUGCGCAACCCCUCGGGACUCCCUUUUGGCCAGCUCUGACCUGUAUAAGCGUGGUGGUGGUAGUAGCUUGACGCCCAUUGGCCAAUCUUUUUACAACAGCCUAGGAUACUCUUCCUCCCCCAGCCCCAUUGGACUGACGCCUGGUCACUCCCCUCUGACACCUCCACCCUCUCUGCCCUCCUCCCAUGGGUCCUCAUCCAGCCUCCAUCUGGGUGGUCUGACCAAUGGCAGUGGUCGUUAUAUUUCGGCUGCACCGGGAGCAGAAGCCAAAUACAGGAGUUCAGGCAGUACCUCCAGUCUUUUUAGCUCUAGCAGUCAGCUCUUUCCCCCACCACGAGCCCGCUACAGCCGCUCAGAUGUCAUGCCUUCGGGACGUAGCCGCUUAUUAGAGGACUUCCGGAAUAAUCGCUUUCCCAACCUGCAGCUGCGAGACCUGCCUGGUCACAUGGUGGAAUUCUCUCAAGACCAGCACGGAUCCAGGUCCCAGCUCCUCCCAGUUUAUGCAUUUGCAGGAUUUUAGAAAAACUUUGGAUUUUUUAAAUUCAGUUUUCCAGUAAUGACAAUGGGGAAGAUUACCUUAAU